AUGCCUCGCUCCACCGCCCUCCUUGCCACAACAACAGCGGCCCUCCUCUCUCUCACCACGCAAUCCCCCUCCCGCGCCCAACGCCCCCCUCCACCCCCCAUCGUCCUUAGCACCACAAAAUCCGGCGUCCUCCCCAUCCUCCCAACCAACACACCCUUCACCGGCGUCGACACCCUCGACGGCGCCAUCAUCAACCCCGGCCCCAUCGUCCCGGGCUUCCUCGGCCCCGGCGGCACCGCAACAACGCAAUCCAACCUCCCCGCCGCAACCUACCGCGCGGACCUGCCGGACACGAUGUUCGACCCGUACGCCGACAGCGUGAUCCGCGGAUCCAUCGUCGUCGUCGGAACAGACACCGGCGUGCAGUUCCGCGUCAAUCUAACAGGGCUGCCGGACCAAGGCCUGUACGGCCCGUUCGCGUGGCACAUCCACAACCAGCCGGUGCCGGCGGACGGGAACUGCACGGGCACGCUGGGCCACCUGGACCCGACGAACCGCGGGGAGCUGUACAUGUGCGACGCCGCGGCGCCGGCGACGUGCUAG